CGUGUACUGUACACUGAGACUAUAAAUUAAACUACUUCCAUAUUCUAGAGACUAGAGAGAGGAACAGAAAGGCAGGAAGAAAUAAAGAGAAAGCUCAAGAAGCCAUGGGAGUAGCAACUCAAGUCAACUAUUUUUGGUUCUAUCUAUUUAUACUCUUUUUCUCACUGACCAUCUCCUCCAUUUCUGGAUCUGAAGAAGAUUGUGUGUACACAAUGUACGUUCGAACCAGUAAAAAGUUUUUUGGUGGAACCGAUUCAGUCAUCACCUUGACUCUCUACGAUGCAGACGGGUACGGUAUUAGAAUCAACAACCUUGUGGCUUGGGGUGGGCUUAUGGGCUCGGAUCACAACUACUUCAAAAGAGGAAACUUGGACAUUUUUAGUGGUCGAGGCCCAUGUUUGACUGGGCCAGUCUGCAAAAUGAACUUGACUUCUGAUGGCUCUGGACAUAGCCAUAAAUGGUACUGUAACUACGUGGAGGUUACCGUUACUGGAAUCCAUACAGAAUGCAACCAACAGAAUUUCGAAGUGGAGCACUGGCUCGAAACAUAUAAAUCAGCUAAUGGGCUCACUUACAUCAGUGAUCUUUGUGACAAGACCAAUUCCGAUAAGCACCUGUCGAUCUCCAGUGAGAAUUUACCUAUUUUCGAUGCUGAAUCUAUUCCCCAUGUCGCUGUGAUGUAAUCCAUCGUUUAUUGGGCCUGGUCGUACAUUUUAUUAUUAGAGUCUGUAUUUAACCAGGGGCAGAAGAGACAAUUUGUAAGGGUUCAAUGUUGCUCAGAUGUUAUUGUUUCGAUAUGUAGUAGUAUUCAGUAAUAGAUAAGUCAUUAAAUUAUGUAAUGAAUAAUAAGGCCCAAUAUAUACUGUCAUGAGUACGACAAUUUGGAAAA